AUGCCGCUCAAGCCCAAGGCCAACAUUCCACUCAUUGUGACUGAGCAAUGGUCUGACGAGGAAAGCGGCAAGUUUAACCCAAACGAAAGCGACACAUACUAUUCUCCUGUCGAGCCUUCCAACUCAGAGGGUUCGCCUGACUCCGAUGUGACAGCUCGUCACGACAACUCAGGAAACGACCACAACAAAGGCCAAAACUCCAGCAACACAUCCCCCAUAUCUCCCUCUUUGGCUGACAAAAAAACCGCGACCCGUACGCCGAUUACUGCGCCGACCAUGAAUACGAAUGCCUCUGGCACGCCAAUCUUGGACGAUAUGAUGGAUGUCGAUCCUCCGCAAUUCCAGCCAGACUUGGACUUACUUCCAAAGAUAAAUGGAAUGUUUCGUCUGUUGGACCUCAUUAGCGAGUCAGCAAGCGGUGGACUGGUCAGCAAAAUCAUCAUUGCUCAGGAGUCGCUCAAAGAAUUGAUCAACGAAUUGUCGCCUGGCGCUUAUUCCUCGAUGAUCAAGGUCAACUUCAAGGCCUUGGACAAAAUUCUCAUUAAGCCGCUCGGUAUAUAUGGCAGUCAAUCUGAAAUUGUGGACUUCAUGAUUACGGUUGGAGCCAUUGACGAAGAAAUAUCACGCGCCUUACUUCGUCCUCAAAGCGACACAACACCCCAUCUACGCUCUGGUCUUUACGUCCUUCAUACAUCCCAUGCAGCCCGCCCCGACAGUGAACAACUUUUUGUCAUUUACUGGCCCGAGCCCACGACCUGGGAUGACGACGCCAUUUCUUCUGUUCGACGCAAUCGCGUUACUUUCUUGCGAUAUCUGACCAAGAUAUCUGACCAAGUUGUUUGUUUGGUCUCUCCUGAGCAUGCCCAGUCCAUUGUUUGGCACGACUCAAAUGAGUCGGAAGUGAUGGAGAUGGACCUCGAGGAUGAGUCAACCGAUCGACUAUUCACAUUUGCGGUGGCCAAGACCAACGAACAGGAAGAGGAUGUCACCAUACGCCCCGGCUUUCAGAUAAAUAUUCCGGUACUUGCAGCCAGCCCUCGCCCGAACGAUUGCCCCGUCGAGGAGGCCGAUCUUCAACCCAUGCUUAUCUCUGGUGAGACAGCUAUGGCGAUUCUGACGAGAUCGUUCCUUCCUGGAGAGUAUAAAGAGCGCCAAAUCCGUGACGAAUCCUACAAUCCUACUCAACUGCGAAGCUUACUCUCUACUGGUACUAUACGAUUUACUUCGAAAGUUAGCGACGAGGGGGUGCAAAUUCUUGGGGAACACGGGUUACAGUCUCGCGCGGGGAACCUGUUUGGUGAAUGGAAGACUCGAAAUGAUGACGGCGUCCGCGCCAUUGACGAUGGGUCUAAGCAAGAACUACAAGACGCGCUCAAAAAGUUGCGGGAUGACGAACCCACGCUAGAACCCGUGAUCAAAGAAGCGGUUGUUGACCAGCUAACACAGAUGUUCCCAACCAUCCCAAGAACAACUCUCUCUCCCGUAUCUCAGGACGAACUCGAACUGCGCCGAACUCAGUUUACCAGUUUGAUUGCGGUUCACCCAGACAUCAAAGAUGAGAUUGGCAAAUUUGGCACAAGCGGCGCAAGGACUUCGGAAAAAUUCGAGCAUUUGAAAUCUGUGGAUUUUCGCGCCAUUGUGGACCAGAUUCUAGGACUCGAAUGUCUCUUUGCGGAACGACCGGAGUUGCCCAUUCCAGAACGAGAACGAAUUGUUGAACACGUCACUCAAAACGGUUUCGAAGGCUUGACUGAGUUGUACGGUCUGAAGGUGAAGGACGGCAAAGAUGAGAAAAGCAGCCCGCUCUAUAAAUUCGUUGCUUCUCUCUUUUCGUCGCCGGAAGAUCAUAGAAGCACGGAACGAAAAGUUCGCGACCGUAUCCAGUCACGGAAGAAAAGGCUGGCGGAUGGUGUAUUCUUGGCCUCGCUAGACGACAUAUCCAACAAGGAACCUCUAUUACGCUCGCUUUGCGUCAAAGCUCUUGACAUCGCACAAGAAUACCUUCCGAUGGUACUCCCUGCCACCGUUCGCCACUGCCUUGGUCGUGCCGCGUUCGUUCAGGAAACCGCAAUCAAAAAGCAAAUUCAACGCAAGACCGCUGUCCUCAAAGAUGAACUGCUCAAAGAUUCAAGGAAGCACUUUGCCGAGGAGUACGAGAAUAUUUGUCCCAAUAGCGAUCCGACUUUGAUUGUCGACAAAAUUGAACGCAUUGGCCAGAGAUUCACUGCACCUUUGUUCAAAAUAAGUGGUACAUUCAGAACCCUGAUGAAACCGGUCCUUCGCUGCAAAUUGUACCCUCUGCAGUUGACUACGGAUGACCAGCACAAGGCGCAGCUAGAAUCAAACUUUGUUCCAACACCACACCAGUCCCGCGAUGUGCAAACUUUCGACCUCAGCUUGGACAGCCGCAUUCUCCACGCUCAACUACUUGAGAAAGAGCGAUUGCUCAUGGUUCUCGUUGACACUGAGCGACUGUGCAUCUAUCACGAGCCGUUGUCUGCUAUUCACCACGCCAUUUCUCGUGGGCGCGACGGGGCAAAACGGGCCAUUUAUCGAGACAAAAUCGGUCGGGAUGUCAUAGUUGCCUACGACGAGCAGAAGAAGAUGUUGUCCGUCUGUUCUGCAUCGAACUUGCUUCUCCACAUAUAUCAAUUUGACGAAACUUUUGCUGGCCUGCAAGCUUGGGCAAGUGCACUUGACCUUCGACCAUGGUACCCUGCUGGCACGGCCCUUCACAAAUGCUGUUUCAUUGCUGGCUCUGAGGAACUGUUGCUUGUUGACAACAGUCGACAGGCACGGAUAUUUUCUUUGAUUACUCAGCAGUUUAGACCUGCCACAUUACUGCUAGAUCAACUCCCAGAAACUCUACAAUCCUCUCCUGAUGGCGCCUGCCUCAUUGUCUCUGCUCGUGAUAGCGACAAACUGACCUAUCGAAGCUUCCACUGGGAUACCUUUGGUUCUUCAGAAGGCAAAUAUCUCGACGGAAUUGACUACUCAUCUACUGCUGCAAUCGUCACGUCGAUGGUCAAUCGUAGAAAUGUUCACCUUGCUGGGAUUGAUGUCGAAAGUCGAGUUUGCUGUUCGGUUGUUCUUGAGAUUAAGAAGAAGGUUACUGAGUUCAUGUUCAAAGAGACUGGCACAAAAGCAAGCUUCAGGGCUGAGCAAAAUGAAACCGCAAACAACUGCUUGAUCGAAGUACAUUCAGAAGUUUGGACUAGAUUUCCCGUUUUCGCAGCAGUCCAACGUCAAACUGUUUCAUCAGGGACUCGUCGUCCUCGGAAGCUGCUGUUUAUCGCGGAUCGAGACCAUAACAAGUACGCUCCUCAUUUUAACGACCUCAUCUACGGGUUUGAGCAACGAACACGCAAACCCACUGGCGAUAUUCUCAAGAGCCUUGAAGUGGCUUCGCUUUCGCCGCUUGGGUUCUACAAUACGCUGUCAACAUUGAUGGCCGACGAAAUAACGAUCUACAAGGGCGGCGAGUGGAUUGUCGACUUGCUGUGCCUCAUUCCGAUCCAAAUUGCGUUGACUCGUGAUAAUCGCUUUCUCCCGUUGAAGGAUGGUGUCGUCUCUGCCGCACUGGAGCGAUCUCUUCUCGGUGCCGAAGUUGGUCAAAUUGUGGAUAGCCUCAGUUUCGGCUGGUUUGAGAGUGUUUUCCAGUCGUACAUGACCUCCAAGCCUGUGAAAGUAGUCUCUUCAAUGGGAGAACAAUCCGUUGGUAAAAGUUAUACACUGAACCAUUUGGCGGACACCUCCUUUGCUGGCAGUGCUAUGCGGACCACUGAGGGUGUUUGGAUGUCAGUCACACCAACCACUGACACUCUUGUCGUUGCUCUGGAUUUUGAAGGUGUGCACAGUAUCGAGCGAUCUGCCCAGGAAGACACUCUCCUUGUGUUGUUCAACACUGCUCUCUCCAACUUGGUCCUUUUCCGCAACAAUUUUGCCAUGUCACGUAGUAUCACUGGCCUCUUCCAAUCCUUCCAGUCUUCAUCUACGGUGUUGGAUCCAGCUGCGAACCCGACCUUGUUCAAAUCAACACUGACGAUCAUCAUUAAAGCAAGUGAAGAUGUUGUUGAGACAGAUAAGAAGGAAAUCGUCAAAGAGUUUUCCACCAAAUUUCAGAAAAUCGUCGAGGAUGAGCAAGAUGCCAACUUUAUUUCACGCCUUCAUGCCGGGCAAUUAAACAUACUUCCAUGGCCAGUAAUUGAAUCCAAACAGUUUUAUGCUCUUUUCCCGGUCAUCAAGCGUCUUUUGGACAAGCAGGAGGUGACCCAUCGGACUGCUGGCGAAUUUCUCCACACGCUGAAAACUUUGAUGGCUAAACUCAAGGCAAAUGACUGGGGUGCUCUGUCCCAGAACUUGGCCGCUCAUCGCGCACAAAAACUGCUAACAGGACUUAACAAUGCUCUUGUCUUUGGCUUCUAUGAGGUCGAUCCUGAGCAGGAGGCUCUCAAGAACUUUGACACCGAUGAACUGAUAGACAUGCCUGAUACUGAGGCACAGUUCUUCUUAACUGAUAAAGAGUCCUCAGCAUCGCAAAGAGAAGGCAUCCUCUUGGCUCUCCAACGUUCAUGGGAUCAACUCAAUCAACGCCCUUACCGUGAAGAGACGGAAUGGUUCAACCAACUCGUCGACUAUCUCAACACUCUGGUCGAUAUGCGGAUCAGUCAUGUCCACAAAUGGAUCUCAUCAAAUCUCUCGAGAUUCACUGAGAGCCAGGCCAACAUGGAAAUGCUCCGUCGCGUCUUCGAAACGUCUAUGGUCGACUUGCGUGCCAAUGUGGAACUUUGCGGAACGCAGUGUUCUAAUUGUCAACUCAAGUGCUUACUGGGUGGGCGGCACAGCCAGUCGCUUGGUCAUGAUUGCCGGACAAAUCAUGCAUGCACGCGUUCUUGCGACUUUGGAGACGAUGAUCAUCCUGUUGGCGAGCGCUCGAAGCAGUGCGGACUUCCUGCUGGCCAUCCAGGUCGUCAUAUAUGUGCUGUUGAUGUCCAUCUUUGCGGAGAGCCAUGUCAUCUGAAGGACAAACCUGGAUGCCUUGGUCGAUGCAUGAAGCCGGCUGCCCACGAAGGGGAUGUCCAUCAAUGCACAGCCCGCGUUCACAAAUGUGGAGAGCCCUGCCGCCUAAAGGUGAAAAUGGUUGGCGGAAAAACCUUUACCUGCACCAAGACCUGCAGCAUUCCGAGCGACGAAGCUCAUACGGCGCAUGUUUGCGAUAGCUCUGCGUGCCCCAUUGCAUGCGAGUUGUGCAAACGACUUUGCUCUGAGACUGAUCAUCUUCACGGUCUCGACAAGAAUGCUGUUCAUCUCUGCGGUCAAAGUCAUCCCUGCUCUGCCCUCUGUCAAUCCGGAAUCUGCCAGGUAGAGACAGUUCCCCAGUCGAUAGAAGCUACCUUCACGGGUCGACACGAAACUUUCCAAUAUACGAAGUAUUCUCAAGACUUCAAACGGCUACCCUGUGUCUUCAAUAUUCCUCCUGGACAGAAGGCCCACAAUGGCCCACAUUGUCAUACUACUGAUCCAGCUCCAUUCCACUUUUGCGAGACUCGAUGUGAGAAUUGCGGCUAUUUCUGUACUCUUCCUCGAGGACACCCACAACAAGAACAUGAAACACGACAUGGAUCCAUGUCGCGAACGCAAUGGGCGGUUGACGGACCAGAUGGGACCAUCGUCGAGGUCAACGGGCACAAAUUUGGAGCAAAUGAUGAAGGUUCACCCUUGUUGUGCAACCUUUUCUGUCAAGAAAUGGGCAGACAUGCACAUAUGGACUAUUGUCGAGCAGAUGAUGCUAACGCGUGCACUGGAAAUGAAGUUCAACACAUAACAACUCGUAUGACCCCGAAUCCCGAUCGCCCCAAAGAUUGGGUUUCACACUCGCUGUUCUGGCGACGGUCCGGUAUGGCGGCCUAUUUCAAUUCAUUCUUUUCCUUGACGCUGUAUUUCAGGCUUCAAAGGUUGUUGUUCUUGUGUUUCCAACGAUUUUCUGAUGUUGGCAUAGACCCAUACUCCCGGCCCGAUCAACUGAAUUUCACUAAAUGUGACGCGAUGUGCCCUGGUAAAGAAAAGGUCUCCAGUCCAAUCACAGCAAUGAUCGAAACUAUGACAGAUACUGACCAUGCGGGUGAUGCCACCACUGCGCCGAAGCCGUCUUAUUGCACUCUGCCUUUAUUCCAUGCGCCGGCAGCACAGGGUCCGGGACUGGUGUUAGGAUACUUGUCGAAUGACGGGCAUGUUUUCAACUGCAAGAAUCCUGCUGUCAUGCAGAAUGCUUUCCAUGUCAUCUUCGUGAUAGACCGCUCUGGGUCCAUGGGCUAUACUGACCGUCGUCCUCUCGCAAAUACUCCAAGCACCACCUUGAUCUCUCAAUCCUCAAACAAUAGACUUGGCGCAGUUUAUUCUGCACUUCAUGCAUUCUGGCUCUCGCGAAAUACAGCUUUGAACGGGGGAAAUCAAGGAACGGCACCAGUUCGUCGUGAUGCGUAUAGCGUCAUUCUAUUUGAUCAUGCAGUCUCUACCUGUAUCGCAAAUGACUUCACAAGCACCCCAGACAAGCUUUUGAACCUGGUUUUGCCUUAUCGUACUGGUGGCGGUACUAAUUUCACGGCUGCGAUUGCGUCGGCUGAAGCGUUAAUGGAAACACAUUGGAGUACGGAAAGGACUCCGGUGGUGAUUUUUCUCUCGGACGGUGAAUGCGAUAUUGCGGACGAGACGAUGCGCUCUCUGAGUCGGAAAGCCAUUGCAAAAGGCAAACCACUGUCCUUCCACUCAGUCUCUUUUGGGCGGGCAUCGCAAAGCGGAUAUCUCCAAAGAAUGGCACAAGUUGCUCUGGAAGUACAAAACAGCGCACCACGAGAUUUGACCCCGACUGGAGCAACUAUUCCAUCAUCCUAUUCAGAGGCUCUUGAUACGGUUCGACUCGCCGAAACCUUCCUCGGCUUCGCUGAGUCGUUGCGCAAGCCCAGAGGCGCCCUCGUCGGUUUGAAAUGA